AUGGACUUUCUCGAUGCGGGGCUAAAUGAACAGCUGUUCCUGGGGUUGGCUUCCUGUGGACGGUUUCAAUACAAAGUGCAGAAUACGAAGACUGUCAGAAGCGAAGAAGCAGCCAUACGGUACGGGAUGGUACUUGGUGCGCCACCACUGCUGCUCCGCUUUCCCGUAGGAGAUUGUUCGCCAAAUUUUGGCAGCAAUAUGAAAAAGGACUUUGGCGGUCAAAAGAGGAAGAGGAGUGAUUACUGUGAUAUGUCCAGCAAAACUGGGCUUUACGCUGGCGUCACAUGUUGUCACGCACCAUUCUGUUCGGACCGGCAAGCAGAAGAUGACGCUGCUCUCACCUUCCCUCGACGCCUCAUUACCGGUACCAUCCUCAUAUCAUCACUUCAGUACAUGCACGCCCAAGCAAGAAAGGAAUGGGAACCCAGAGCGACCUGCUUACGUGUGCCACAGAUCAACAUUAUGGGUCUUUUGGUCUUGCUGAGCCUCAUCUCUGCCCAACAGGUAUUGCUUGUGUCAUCAUUUUGCUCGAAGACCAGCCGACUGAACAUCGAGUCUGCAAACUACGACGAUGGCUCGAGCAUUACCCUGAAGGUUUUCUGGAUUGCCUGGGCGAGCAAAUGCGAGCCUGAAACAACAACGGGGUGUCCUUUCUUGUGA